AUGCCAGCCUACCCCCAACACUUCUCCUUCGGCAUUGAAAUGGAGCUCUACCUCAAGCCUAAGUCUCAAUCGAUAAUAGAUACACUGCAGACGCUUGGAUUUAAUCCCGAAGACACAAACCAGCCCAAGCAGAGACGUAUUUUUCGCCAGGCCAUGGCUACAGAAUUAUCUGACCAGGGUAUCCCAACUGGAAUCGACAAAAAUAGUGUGUACGAUACGUGGACGAUAGCCCAUGAGGCAGCUCUUGACCACAUUGGAGGUGGUUACUGGCCUUGCGAAUUGAUUUCCCCCGUCUUCUAUACACAUGAUGAUGAUUGGGUAGUAUCAAUCAAUUACCUUUUUGCAAAUUUGCUUGGACAUUGCGACGUGCACCUUACCAAAGGCUGCGCAACGCAUGUUCAUGUUGCCCCUGCUGGCGCAAAAUAUACACUUUCCCAGGUAAACAACAUUGUCAAGGGAGCCAUCUACUAUGAGCAACCGACGAUGCGGAUCAUGCACGAAGAUCGCAAGGAAAACCUCUGGGCACAGGCUAAUGAGAAGACUAUCCCCGGCUGCGUGCAAAAAGUUGAAGGCGUCUCCAAAAAAGGGUGGAGUCACGUUUUUGACCAUCUCAAAGGUCGCAAGUUCGUCGCUAUAAUUGUGACAGAAUUGUGCCCGGACAGGCAUGUAUCCUGGAACCUCAAGAACCUGACGAGCAGCGGAACCACGGAGUUCCGUCGUCCUCGUGGAGUCGACAAUCCUGAAGCUGCGAAGCACUGGAUUGCAUUCACUGUGGGUUACAUGGCUAAUGUGAUCCGAGAAGAGACUUGGCACGGGAUUGGUAAUACUACCACCCACCCUUCAACGGACCGCCUCCGCGAGCUAGUCGAAGAAGGGGCCAGGUCCAUUAAUCCGCCAAUUCAUUCAUUCUUGCUCCCAGCAUUGAUGGCGGACAACAACAAGGCUGCAACUGUGUUUACUAAAGAAGAAAGAGCAAUUAUUAACCAGAAGAAGGCCAAAAAGAAGGAUAAGCGAAGCUUGUUUGUGGAAAAGGCCAAGAAGGCUUUUCUCACUUGGAAACACCUGAAGGAAUUUUAA